AUGUAUGUUAGUUUUGCAUCAGCUGGCUCAGGGUUUGAUGAUCUAACUACUAUGAUAUACAAAGUUAUUCCAAUGAUGAUGCAAGUUGAUAUGUUCAAGAACUAUAUUCAAAGACUUACCGAGAUUGUAGGUGUAGAUGAAAGUAAGAAAAUUAUUGGUAGUGCUUUAGUUAUUCUUAGUGCAGGAACUAAUGACUUUACCAAAAAUUUCUACGACCUUCCGGUAAGGAAACUACAAUACAAUAUUAGCGGUUACCAAGAUUUUAUCCAAGAUAGACUACAAAGCUUCAUCAAGGAAAUUUACGAGCUUGGAUGUCGCAAUAUAGUGGUUGCUGGCCUACCUCCUAUUGGUUGCCUUCCCAUUCAAGAGACUAUAUCGUCUCAACUUCCUUUAACGCGAAUAUGUUUGGAAGAUCAAAACUCGGACUCCAUAUCCUAUAAUCAGAAGCUUUCAAAGUUGUUGGGCAAUCUGCCAUCGCAACUACAUGGAAGCACAAUAUUGUACGCUGACAUUUACACCCCUCUCAUCGACAUGGUCAAUAAUCCUCACAAGUAUGGUUUUGAGCAUACAAACACAGGUUGUUGUGGAACUGGAUUGGCAGAAGUAGCGCCUCUAUGUAAUGCAUUAACCCCAACAUGUGAAGAUUCAUCAAAAUACCUGUUUUGGGAUAGCGUCCAUCCGACCGAAGCAGCUUACAAAUUCAUGACUGAAUUAUUUCUCAAGCAAUUUCUUUAA